GUUGACAAACGACACACACAGGUUCCAAGUGGUUCCAGAAAAAAAAACCCGGACAACGGACACCAACAACGACACCAACACUCGCACCAACACUGUCAGAAAUACCUAUUGCACUUGCACGCACACACACGGACAGCCCCGUCUCUAAUCAAUUCUAAGUUAAUACUUGUAAAAUCAAAGUUUGAAAGUACAGAAAAAAGUCAAACGCAUCUGGGAUGUCGGCGAAAGCAAUCACUGAAGCCACGGGCAAGGAUAUCCUGAACCGUCACCUUAAUGCCCAUGGCGCAGGCGCGGCCACUUGCCGUUUUGCCACAGUCAAUGCCGACACAGACUGGUCCAAGUUGAGUGUCGAUCAUCCCUGGUUGCUGACCACGCCGCUGGUGGUCAAGCCCGAUCAAUUGAUUAAGCGUCGCGGCAAGCUGGGACUGAUUGGCGUGAAGAAAAGCUUUGAGCAGGUGAAACAAUGGAUUGGCGAGCGCAUCAACAAGGAUCAGAAGAUUGGCAAUGCUGUGGGCAAGCUGCGCAACUUCAUAAUCGAACCGUUUUUGCCACACACCGAUGCCGAGGAAAUGUACGUUUGCAUCUACUCUCAUCGAUCGGCGGACACGAUUCUGUUCUAUCAUCAGGGUGGCGUGGAUAUUGGCGAUGUGGAUGCCAAGGCCGUGAAGCUGGAUGUCCCUGUGAACAGUGAACUCUCGCUGGCCGAUGUCAAGAGCAAGCUGCUCAAGGAGGUCAAGGAUGCGGCCCAGAAGGAGCGCAUUGCCAAAUUCAUUGUCGCCUUGUAUGCAACAUUCGUGGACUUGUAUUUCACAUAUCUGGAGAUCAAUCCCCUGGUGGUAACGGCUGACAAUCUGUAUAUAUUGGAUCUGGCCGCCAAGCUGGACUCGACGGCCGACUUCAUUUGCCGUCCCAAGUGGGGAGAGAUCGAUUACCCGCCACCAUUUGGCCGCGAUGCCUAUCCCGAGGAGGCGUACAUCGCCGACUUGGACGCCAAGAGUGGUGCCUCGCUCAAGCUCACGAUUCUCAAUCGAAAUGGUCGCAUCUGGACAAUGGUGGCAGGCGGCGGUGCUAGCGUCAUCUAUUCGGACACAAUCUGUGAUCUUGGUGGGGCCUCAGAGCUGGCAAACUAUGGCGAGUACAGCGGUGCACCCUCCGAGCAGCAGACGUACGAGUACGCCAAAACCAUACUAAACCUGAUGACCUCCUCGCCCAAGCAUCCCGAUGGCAAGGUGCUGAUAACCGGCGGUGGCAUUGCCAACUUCACAAACGUUGCCGCGACCUUCCAAGGCAUCAUCACGGCGCUGCGCGAGUUCCAGCCCAAGCUGGUCGAGCACAAUGUCUCGAUCUUUGUGCGUCGAGCUGGACCCAACUAUCAGGAGGGUCUGCGCCGUAUGCGUGACUUUGGCGGCACCUUGGGCAUACCGCUGCACGUGUUUGGACCCGAGACACACAUGACUUCCAUUUGCGGCAUGGCGCUGGGCAAGCGGCCCAUACCGAAGGUGGCCAGUGUAGAGUUUUCCACGGCCAACUUUUUGCUCCCAGGCGGUCAGCAGGCUCAAGCCGAUCUCAAGGCAGCCAGCGAUGCCAGCAGCAGCGAUGCCCUGGGCUCCGCCCUGAGCUCGACUGCAGCUAAAUCGAUUAAACUACCACCUAUCUCAGCAGAUGAGGCGGACAAUGGCAGCAGUGCCAGUGGCCAGCAUCGUAAUGGCUCGAGCCUGACACGCAAGUUCUUCUCCAACACCACCAAGGCGAUUGUUUGGGGCAUGCAGCAGCGUGCCGUGCAAUCGAUGCUUGACUUUGAUUUUAUCUGCAGGCGCGAUGAACCCUCUGUGGUGGCCAUGGUAUAUCCAUUUACUGGCGAUCACAAGCAGAAAUACUACUGGGGCCACAAGGAGAUUCUCAUUCCUGUUUAUAAGAAGAUGUCCGAUGCCAUCCACAAGAAUAAGGAGGUCGAUGUCUUGGUUAACUUUGCCUCGUUGCGCAGUGCUUACGAGUCGACGCUGGAGGUGCUGGAGUUCCCACAGAUACGCACCGUGGCCAUCAUUGCCGAGGGCAUACCCGAGAACAUGACACGCAAGCUGAUCUUCGAGGCCGACAAGAAGGGUGUGGCCAUCAUUGGACCCGCCACAGUGGGCGGCGUCAAGCCGGGUUGCUUCAAGAUCGGCAACACUGGCGGCAUGCUGGACAACAUUCUACACUCGAAACUCUACCGUCCGGGCAGUGUGGCCUACGUCUCUCGCUCCGGCGGCAUGUCCAACGAGCUGAAUAACAUCAUAUCGAAGGCCACCGAUGGCGUGAUCGAGGGCAUUGCCAUUGGCGGCGAUCGGUAUCCGGGAUCCACGUUCAUGGAUCACAUUCUGCGCUACCAGGCCGAUCCGGAGACCAAGCUGAUUGUGCUCUUGGGCGAGGUGGGCGGCACGGAGGAGUACGAAGUGUGCGCCGCUCUGCAGGAUGGACGCAUCACCAAGCCACUGGUGGCCUGGUGCAUCGGCACCUGUGCCAGCAUGUUUACCUCUGAGGUGCAGUUCGGACACGCCGGCUCCUGCGCCAAUUCGGACCGUGAAACGGCCACAGCCAAGAACAAGGCGCUGCGCGAGGCGCGUGCCUAUGUCCCCGACUCGUUCGACACUCUCGGCGAGCUCAUCCAUCACGUGUACAGUGAGCUGGUGAAGACGGGCCGUGUGGUGCCCAAGGAGGAGGUGCCGCCACCGACCGUGCCCAUGGACUACUCGUGGGCCCGCGAACUGGGUCUCAUCCGCAAGCCAGCCUCGUUCAUGACCUCGAUUUGCGAUGAGCGUGGCCAGGAGCUGAUCUACGCGGGCAUGCCCAUCUCGGAGGUGCUCAGCAAGGAGGUGGGCAUCGGCGGUGUCAUCUCGCUGCUCUGGUUCCAGCGCUGUCUGCCCUCGUACGUGUGCAAGUUCUUUGAGAUGUGCCUGAUGGUGACGGCCGAUCAUGGGCCCGCUGUCUCUGGCGCUCACAACACCAUCGUCUGUGCCCGUGCCGGCAAGGAUCUGGUAUCUUCCGUAGUCAGUGGCCUGCUGACAAUUGGCGAUCGCUUUGGUGGUGCUCUGGAUGGCUCGGCCAGACAGUUCUCCGAGGCCUACGAUACCAACUUGCAUCCCAUGGAGUUUGUGAACAAGAUGCGCAAGGAGGGUAAACUGAUAUUGGGCAUUGGGCAUCGCGUCAAGUCGAUUAACAAUCCCGAUGUGCGUGUAAAAAUCAUCAAGGAGUUUGUACUCGAGAGCUUUCCAGCGUGCCCGCUGCUCAGAUACGCCCUGGAGGUGGAGAAGAUCACCACCAACAAGAAGCCCAAUUUGAUUUUGAAUGUAGAUGGUGUGAUAGCCACUGCUUUCGUUGACAUGCUGCGCAACAGUGGAUCGUUCACAAGUGAGGAGGCGCAGGAGUACAUCAAUGUGGGUGCCAUCAACUCGCUGUUUGUGCUGGGCCGAAGCAUAGGCUUCAUUGGACAUUAUAUGGAUCAGAAGCGUCUCAAGCAGGGUCUCUAUCGCCAUCCAUGGGAUGACAUCUCCUAUGUCAUUCCCGAGCAGUACAACUAAGCACAUACACGCGUAGCGGAGGAGCAAGCCCUGAUGUUAUAUAUUUAUAUACACCCCCACACACAUAUAGAUAUAUACAAAGCAUAUAUAUAUAUAUGUAUAUUAAUCGGAAGUUGUUGUAGUUAAGCACAGAUGUACGAAGUUAAGCAAAGAACGGAGGAGUUGGCCACAAAACACACAC